AUGGAGAAUGUGUCCCUGCUGAGUCCUCCUAACCUAUCUUGCAUUCUUGGAGAUGUUAAUAUGCAUAUCACUAACAAUGAGCUGCCCCAUGACUUUUACAUCAUUCUCCCUGUCAUCUACUCUGUGAUUUGUGUGGUGGGGCUGACAGGGAACACCGCUGUCAUCUAUGUCAUUCUCAAAGCCCCCAAGAUGAAAACUGUCACCAACCUCUUCAUCCUGAACCUGGCGAUUGCAGAUGACUUGUUCACUCUUGUUCUUCCCAUCAACAUUGCAGAGAUCCUGCUACACUAUUGGCCCUUUGGGGUUGUUCUCUGUAAAAUCAUCUUGUCUAUAGAUCUAUACAACAUCUUUUCAAGCAUAUUCUUCCUGACAGUCAUGAGUAUAGACCGGUAUUUAGUGGUUCUGGCUACUGUGAGGUCCAAGAGGAUGCCUUAUCGCACCUACAGGGCGGCAAAGAUCAUCAGUAUUCUUGUUUGGGUGUUGGUGAUUCUCAUUGUGUUACCUUUCACCAUUUUCGCUGGAGUUUACAUGGAUGACAUGGAAUUUAAGAGUUGUGGACUGAACUUUCCCAAACCAGAAAAAUUAUGGUUUAAGGCAAGUCGUAUCUAUACCCUGUUACUGGGGUUUGCAAUCCCCGUUUCCACCAUCUGUAUAUUGUACAUGGUCAUGCUAUACAAACUACGGAACAUGAGGUUGAAUUCCAAUGGUAAAGCUUUAGAUAAGGCCAAGAAGAGAGUCACCAUUAUGGUCUUUGUUGUUGUAGCAGUUUGUCUAUUCUGUUGGACUCCUUUCCAUUUGGCCACCAUUGUAUCACUCACUACAGAUUUGCAGGAGACCUCAUUGGUCAUUGGAAUCUCCUACUUCAUCACAAGUCUGAGCUAUGCCAACUCCUGUCUCAACCCAUUCCUUUAUGCCUUCCUAGAUGAUAGUUUCAGGAAGAGCUUUCGAAAACUGCUGGAAUGCAGAGCAACUUGA